CACAUGCGCAGAAGCGGGUUAGUAAAUUUGUUGAUAUCCUGCUUGGUAGUAUUCAAUUGUACUUUAGUGUUUGCAGCCAGAAUCAACCCCCCCAGCCAGGGGCUUUUAUUUGCAUCGGGUAACAGAGAGAGCUAAAAACGUCAGGUUUAUGACGGGCUGAUGGAAGACACACGGGAUUUGGCUGAACGCACCCCACGUUCAGAGAGGAAGAGGAGAGACUCGUUCGGGAUGUUUGAUGGCUACGACAGUUGCAGCGAGGACUCCACCAGCAGCUCCAGCUCAGAGGACAGUGAGGAUGAGGUGGUGCCCUCCAUGCCUGCAAGCCUGCCCAUCAUCAAGAACAAUGGGCAGGUUUAUACUUACCCCGAUGGCAAAGCUGGAAUGGCAACAUGUGAAAUGUGUGGAAUGAUCGGGGUGCGAGAUGCUUUUUAUUCCAAAACCAAGCGCUUCUGCAGCGUGUCGUGUUCCAGGAGUUACUCCUCAAAUUCUAAAAAAGCUAGCAUUCUGGCAAGACUCCAGGGUAAGCCUCCAACAAAAAAGGCUAAAGUCUUGCAGAAACAGCCUUUAAUGGCCAAGCUGGCAGCUUAUGCUCAGUACCAAGCAAGUCAACAGAACCAAGCCAAGUCGAAAGCCGUUGUCACUGCAGAGAGUUUUGACUGGGGGAAGUACAUCUGCAGCAACAAUGUAGUGGGAGCUCCUGUCAGCUGUUUCAAGCAUGCUCCUAUGGGAACAUCCUGGGGAGACAUAGAAGAGGGGGUGAGGAUCGAAGUCCCCAACUCUGACAUCAGCCUUCCGACCAAAGUGUACUGGAUAGCAGAGAUCGUGAAGCUCGCGGGGUUCAAGGCCCUCCUGCGUUAUGAGGGCUUCGACAACGACACGAGUAAAGACUUCUGGUGUAACCUCUGCAUCCCAGAGGUUCACCCGGUGGGUUGGUGUGCUUCCAACGGAAAACCCCUCGUACCUCCAAAAAGCAUCCAACACAAGUAUUCAAACUGGAUCGUCUUUCUUGUGAAGCGCCUGACCGGAGCAAAAACCCUGCCCACUGAUUUCAAUACCAAGGUACACGAGAACAUGCAGUUUCCCUUUAAGAAGCUGAUGCGAGUGGAGGUGGUGGAUAAGAACUACUUGUGCCGGACGCGGGUGGCGCUGGUGGAGCAGGUGAUCGGGGGUCGCCUCAGGCUGGUCUAUGAGGAGAGCCAGGACAGCUCUGAUGACUUCUGGUGCCACAUGUACAGCCCCCUCAUUCAUAAUAUCGGCUGGUCCAGAAGCAUCGGUCACCGCUUCAAACGCUCAGACUUUACCAAGAGGACGGAGGGUCAGGUGGAUGCUCCUGAACAGCUCUUCCAGAAGGUUAAAGAUGUGGACCAGACUGGGGACUGGUUCAAAGACGGGAUGAAGUUGGAAGCCAUCGAUCCCCUAAACCUCUCAGCAAUAUGUGUAGCUACUGUAAAAAAGGUUCUAGCAGACGGGUACCUCAUGAUCGGGAUUGACGGCUCGGAGGCCGUGGACGGAUCGGACUGGUUUUGUUACCAUGCCACCUCCCCCUCCAUCUUCCCUGUUGGCUUCUGUGAAAUCAACAGCAUUGAACUCACUCCCCCCAGAGGGUACACUAAACUGCCAUUUAAAUGGUUUGACUACCUCAGAGAAACAAGCUCAGUGGCUGCUCCCGUCAGGCUCUUUAACAAGGAAGUUCCUAAUCACGGCUUCCGGCAAGGCAUGAAGCUGGAAGCCGUGGAUUUAAUGGAGCCACGGCUGGUGUGUGUUGCCACGGUGACGAGGAUUGUGCACCGGCUACUGCGGAUCCACUUUGACGGCUGGGAAGACGAGUACGAUCAGUGGGUGGAUUGUGAAUCCCCUGACCUGUACCCGGUGGGCUGGUGUCAGCUGACGGGCUACCAGCUCCAACCCCCCGCCUCGCAGAACAGCAGAGAGAUGUCCCACUCUCUGCCCAAGCAGAAGAAGAAGGCCCAGCAGUACAAAGGCCAAAAGAAAAAGAGGAGGAUUCCAGUUGGUCGGCGGCCCUUCAGUCAGGCAGGGAGGAGGAGCAGCUUCUCGGGGGAUGAAGAGCACAGUCCACCCCUUUACCGUGCCCAGGGGCCCAGUCGGCCCAGAACCUUCCGUCGCCAAAACUACAACUCAGAGUCGCUCCUGCGGAUGAAGGAGGAGACGGCGGAGGCGGACGAGUUCACCUUCUCACAGGGCACCUCAGACCAAGAGAGCAACGGCUCGGGCAGCUACUGCAUCAAACAGGAGCCCUGAGGUCCAACGGACACGGAGGAUGAGGAGGAGCCGGUCCACAAGAAGCUCACGGGAAAACCCAAUCAAGGAUCAGGACCACGGACGGGCCACAUCAGCCCGGACCGUCCCGCGGAGAGAGAGAGAGGAGCCUGGUGUGUGUGAAACUCACCGGGAGGAGCUCCCUUUCCACAGUCUCCUCGCCGUGUCGAUGGAGAUGCUCCUGUCAGGCCUUUUCUCUCCAAGCCUUCCUGAGCUUCAUUCUCGGUUCCACAUGAGACGAAUAAAGGUGGGAAGAGACUUCAGCCCAUCCUCCCUCUGUCCUGGUGUGGUCCACACACAGAGACCCCUACAAACUGUGAGAAGCAUUUUUUGAGCCAGUUCUCGUUUUUUUUUCUUUCUUCUCCUUUCGUUGGUUUCAGGUUUUGUUGAGAACAGUCGGCCUCUAAACGGGCUGACGAGGGAACAGCUGCUGGCAGAGAGGAGCCAGACGGUGUACAUUUGAUUCUUUCCUUUAGAACAGAAAUGCCAGGUGGACUUUGUUUAUAGUACUUGAAGCUUCUAUUUUAUUUUGUCCGACUUCUUCUUUUGUCCUGUCUUAAAGCUUUUUUCGGUGGCUGUGUGGGAAACGUCAUGUGCAUUUGUCCGGUAGCGUGGUGAUCCUGACAGGCAGAAAACGUCCCAGACGGAGGCAGGAGUCGGUGCGGUGCUGCCUUGCUCUCAUUUCCACAGCUGCAUCAUGCUGGCCUAACAGAAAUCUUUGAGUUGGACUCCUAAAUAUGCGUAGCAGCGAGGUUUUCAUUCGGACGAGUUUCUUCCUUUUUCCCUCCCACAGCAGUCUACUCUGAUUGGUCCAGAGUGGGGCAUCUAUUGUCAGGUUUGAAUUUUCCCAGAAAAGCCCGCUGCCUUUGGGUUUUGACCGUCACCCUUUCCCCUCUGCCUCGGUGUUUGGACCGAGAAUUGGAAGAAGGUCUGGGCUGAAAAAGCUCAGAUACGACCGACAAACUGAAGAUUACCCAGCAUCCCUCCCUCCCCGCGUGCUGCAUUUCCUGCUGCGUGGUUGAACCAUCAGCUAAAACACUCCAGCGUUCAGCUUUUCCCGACGUUCCGGCUGUGGAAAUGAGAAGCAUCUGGUUUGGAGAGCAGCAGGCGAACGAGGAUCUGCAGUUCUGUCUGAGUCUGUGUCCUCUAUAUUUAUAUGCAUAUAAGGACGAAGGCUCUUCUCUCUGAGCUUUUUAAAAUUCAGAUUUUUAAAACAAUAAAGCUAUUGUCAUUUUCUGAAGUGCAUUAAGAUCUCAGUCAUAAAAAAUCAGAAUUCAAUUGAGAGAGAUCUGGUUGUGGAAUAGAAUGAAACACUGUACAUGUGGCCUGCAGUCGGCUUUUGUAGCAUUAGACGUGUUCUUUUUGGGGGGGGGGGGGGGUUGAAACUGGACUGCUGUCGUGUUCGGAGGUUCUGUCAGAACUGCGAGGUCUCGUAUCCAAGCUAUGACGUCUUAUUUGGGCUUUAUGCAAAUGUGUGUGCGUGUGCUUACGCGGCUCUCGUGUGGGAGCCACAUGGAUGCAAAGACUCAGCUGAGCUGCAGGGCCGCCCCGUCCGCCAAGCAAUGCACUGCUUUUCCUCUGGGGGGCAGCGUUUGUCCACAUCCAUAAAUCGGUGUGUGCUGUCGAAGCCUCACCACUUAAAAAAAAUGAAAAUAAUUCUUCAAGCUCGAUUUUCUUUUCUUUUUUUUGCAGCCUUUUACUACCUCCUGAAGCUUGUGGCAUUUGGUGUGAAACAGAGGGGGGGGGGGGGUCGGAAUAUGCAAACAAACAAACAAACAUUAGACAGCAAACAUGGAGAAAUAAUAUGACAGUACAGCUAAAUAUUAUGCAAUAAAAGAUCCCGUAUUUUACCAUACACCUGCAGAUGUUCUGAUCACUACAUGAAUACUCUAAAAAGAUCAUUUAACAGAAAUCUAUAUAUGAAAAUAAAUAUAUUUGUCCUUUUUUUUUGGUUCAGUGAGUUAAAAUUCAGAGCAGACUAAACUUCUCAGCAACAUCUAAAGACUUUUCUUUCUACUUUUAGGGCUCAGGAAUUCUUUUUAAAUAAUUUAAAAUAUAACCUGGUGAAAUGAUUGUUUUCUGUUAAGCAAAGGUGAGCUUCUCACCUGUAAAUAAGAGAAAGAAAAACGGCUUUUAAGCAGCUAAAACCACUGAACAAGCAAAGGGCAAAAACUCUUUUUGUCUGCGGUUUCACCUUUGACCUUUUUCAAUGAAAGAGAAGAAAAUGCUGUUCAGUUACAUGAAUUAUUUCUAAAUAUUUACUGUAUGAAUUUAUGGGGAAAUAACACACAAAAAUGUUUUUUAAUGAAAGGAAUGAUUUUAAAGUCAACUUAAACUAAGGGUUUUCCAACAUUUUAACUUUUUAAAGUCAUAUAUUCAGAAUAAAUUACCAUUUUUAACCUCUAUUGUGGAAAAGUAUGCUGUUGGCUUUGUUCUUGUGUAUGUUUAAAGAAAUCAACUUACCUGGAGAUAGAAUCAAGAUGAACAAUAAAAGAGAAUAUUAAAAUGUCUGUCAAUCACAUAAUUAUAGUGAAAUCUCACAAAAGGGGGGGGGGUGUUUUUUUUUCUAAACCUACUAAAAUUACAUUUUAAUU